AUGCAUCCCGCCAUCAUAGCCGUUAUCGUCAUUGUCCUGCUGCUGCUCGCAGCAGGCGUCGGCUGGGUUGUCUUUGCCAGAUUACGAGCGCAACGGUUAGGGCUUCCCCCGCCCCCCUUUACCUCGUAUCUGCCCUUCGUCAAGUCCAAGCCGUCAGCGGCGCCGUAUGGCCCGCCGCAGCCCGCGCCCGGCGGGAUAGUGGGGUGGUUCAACGACCGGAUCCGCAUGUUCAAGAACCGCAACUCGCGCACGGCAGCGGGCGCCUACGAGCAGAGCGGCGGCCCCGGCGGCGGGCGGCGCGGCUUCGGGCCGCUCGACCCCGACGAGGCGUGGGACUCGCGCGUCGGCGGCCACCACGAUGGCGGUGACGGCUACGGGUACUACGAAGAGCAGGAGCUCGGGCUGGCCCCGCAACACUCGGCCGCCGUCGGCGACACGAGCUACCGAGGCGGCGGCGCCCCGGCCCCCGACGACGACGGCAGCUACCAGAUGAACCUGGCCGUGGACGAGUCGCGCGGCCGCACGAGAAGCCGGUCGCCAGGGUAUGCCGUAACAGGAGGAGCCCAGCCGUCGAAUCCCUUCGAGGACGACGCCGAGCCGAGCAACAUGAGCCUGCGCGGCAUAAGUCCGCGCCCGAUCGACACGACGAGUGCGGUGGCGGCCGGCAAGAAGCCUGCUAAGGGGCCCGGGGACGACGACAACAGCCCGACGGAGAGGAAAUCCAUCUUCCGCGAAGACGUCUAA